AUGGGCAAUCAAGACGAGGAACAACUACUAGAGGAUGCAUCGACAUUGUUGAUGUUUGCUAGUGCUGCCGCACACCAACUGUCUCCCAAAGAGUCUGCGGCAUCGCCGCCCUUACAGACAACUAGUCAGCUACAGCAAGAGGUGCCGUCGCAUAUAGUUACCAUCUCAACCUCAAGUCAAUCACCAAAAGUUCAACAACAGGUUCUGGCCCCGAAAAAGAGCUCUAUACUCAGUUUAAUGAAUGAUGAUCCCGAACCCGAGCCCAAGACGGAACACGAGCCAACACCAUCACGAAAGACUACCUCGCCUCCAUCUAAUUUACCAAAACAAGGUGUUUUCAAAAGGACACACGAGAGAAGCCGAUCAACUCCUGAUGCACAAAAGCUCAUGACUCUGGCAUAUGAACGUGGCAUAGAUUUGAGAAAGGGGGAGAGGGAUGGGAAUAAUGCCGUCAUUGCUGCAGCUGCAUUAACGGCUGCGGCUGAUAUUCCAUUCCCCUUGAAGCAAGCCAGGCAUCCAAAUAUUCCUCCAUUGGAAACAUAUCAGGUGGAACAGGACUCUGGGAUUAUUGGAUGUAUUUGUGGUAUUGAAGAUGACGAUGGCUUUACAAUACAAUGUGAUAUAUGUUAUAGGUGGCAACACUGUGUAUGCAUGGGAUACGAUAAUGGAGAAGAGGUACCUGAAGAUGAAUACAAGUGUUAUUUCUGUGACCAGCAAAAGUGGGACAAAUUUGAUCCAGCAAUAGCCAGAGAGAAGACGUUGGCCAGAUUGAAAGCCGAGCUGUUGGAGCAAGAAGCGAAGGAAAAAGCAGCGGUAGAGGAAAAACUUGCAAAGGAAGUAAAGGUGGAAAAUAAUAAGAGAAAGCAGCUGAGUUCAGAUAAAGGUGAAAAAAAGAGAAAAUCGGAAGAAAAAGUUGUUGUGAAGGAGGAAGAACCUAAGGAGGUGAACGACGACUUGCCAAAUAAGAAUAAUGAACUAUUAGAAGAAGGCGUGGUUGCCGAACCGUAUCAAUCUGUGUACUACCAUCUACGAGAAAACGAUUACAAAAGAGAGGGGGUAAAAACAUUUCUCACUAAUUGUGGCACUGAGUUUUACAAAGAGUAUGUCAGUUUAUCAAAAGAAAUACAAGAUAGGUUGGAUAUUGAGGUGAUGCCAGAGAGUCAAUUCAAAGCUCUUAAGAUGAGCAGGUUGACACGACCCAAGUUGGCUAAAUACUUUCAAGACAACAAUAGGUUGGAGAAAAAAAAGAAUUUCAACAAGACCAAGAUCGAAGUCAAGCCUUAUACAGACAACCUGAAGCAAAAGUUUAAUGGUAUUUCAAAGCUUUCCUUGUUUAUAAGUACCACCGAUGAGUCACUUGUGAUACCUGAGGGCACACCAAUAAUCGAAUACUUAGGAGAGAUUGAUUUCUUCCAAGAUUACUGCAAUGACAAGAUCAAUCAGUAUCCGCUUUGGGGAACCACUAAACCAAAAGUGUUGAAAACAGGGGUUUUAUCAAAAGGGCUCCAACCAGUCGAACUCGUCAUUGACUCAAGGUUUGUUGGCGAUGAAAGCCGCUUUAUAAGAAAGUCUUGCUUGUCGUCGUCAAAUUGUAAGAUACAUCCUAUUUAUCUUACAGAUACAAAAAAGUUCAAGUUUCUCGUGGUGACAUCAAAACCAGUAGUAUUGAAAGGGGAAAAUUCUGACGAGGAAUUGCGAUUACCUUGGGAAUGGGAUCCAAAUCAUCCAAUUUUGAAACUUUAUGAAAAUAACAGCACAGAAAAGUUUGAAAACUUGACAAAUGACGCAAAGUCAUCCUUGAUUGCUUACGUUGAUAACAUUUUACAGUUUGUUGAAUGUGGGUGUUCCACAAACUCCAACUACAACAAUUGUGCCAUAUUCAAGAUUAAAAAAGCUACAAGCUACUUGAUGAGGUCAACAAGAAAAGCUGCCAUUUUGAAUACUUCCGGUGCUAAAACUAAAGAGGAACUAGUUUUGCCACGUCCAAAUCGACAGUUUGUUAGCUGGGAUGAACGGAUGAUUGAACGCGAUAGACAAUUGCAGGAGAAGCUUCUAAGGAAAGUUGAUCAGGCGAUCAAAGUAGAAACAAAUGAAGCUCCCAAAGUUAAGCCUAAAGUCUUGUUCAAGGUACCAUACAAGCAGGAAUUGUUAUUGCGUGCCCGUCAACAAGGAAGGUCUACGGUGCAAAAGACUGACGAGUUAGAAGUAGAGGAUGAGGAGAUCACCGAUGGAGGUGUGGAUGAACUUGCCAUUCCAAUUGUUCCAGAACUUAUAACCAGCAUUGAACUACAGGUCUGCCAAGAGUUAAACUUGAAUGACGAUUCCAGCGUGAAGACAAAGAAAGGGGGCGAUGUGGAGCCAUUAAGUCGAAAGCAGCUGCAGGUGCAAAUUAGUACAUCGCAAGAACGUAGUAAAUCAACGACAGAAGAGACAAAACCAACAAAGAAGUUGUCACUUGCUGAGUAUAUAAAGACAAAGACAUAG